AUGAGCAGAUUGAAUGCAAACGCCGAGCCAUUCUUCCCAGGUGCACAAACAGCAAGACAAGAGCCCAAUCAGCCGUUAGAUAGCACAAGGGAAGAGAGUGAGUACGGGGAAUGUGUGGAAAAUGUGUACGUGCACGACCGACAUAGUGUUGGUCGACCGAAUAAAGAAUUUGAGUUUGGAAGGAUCCUCUUCACAAAUGCAGAGGUGCCCAAUAUGAUAAUGGGCAGUAAUGAGAAGGUGAAGCUACGGGUUGGCGGCAAGCCUCUUUGGUUGAAGAGAUACGUCGCUCAAGAUCAACGGCCCAAACAAUAA